AUGCCGCCUCUGUGGAUAGUGGUUGGGUGCCUGCAAGUUUUACUGAAAUGGACCACAUGUCAAGAGAUUAGCACACUGACUUUUCCAGACUCCUUCCUUUUUGGAGCGGCUACUUCUGCGUAUCAGAUCGAAGGGGCGUGGAAUGAGGAUGGGAAAGGUGAAAGUAGAUGGGACUAUAUAGUCCAUAACACGAAUUUUAUACUAGAUGGAAGCACUGGUGACGUCGCCUGCGACUCCUACCACAAAUACCAAGACGACAUUGCAGCUCUGAAAGAACUAGGAGUGAACUACUAUAGGUUUUCCAUAUCUUGGCCUAGAUUGUUACCGAAUGGUUUCGCUAAUGAAGUGAAUCCAGCUGGAAUUGAGUAUUAUAACAACCUUAUUGAUGGUUUGCUAGCAGAAGGAAUAGAACCGUGGGUGACCAUGUACCACUGGGAUAUACCCAAUCUCAUAUAUUAUUUGGGAAGUUGGAACAACGCCGAGAUAGUAGAUUACAUAACCGAAUUAGCAGACCUGGCGUUUCAACAUUUUGGCGAUAGAGUUAAAACUUGGAUCACAAUUAAUGAACCGCUGACCUUUUGCGCCCAUUUUCCUAAUGCAACAGUGACCUUGUAUGGUCAGACCGUACCAGUUGGAAUCACAGAAUAUUUGUGUGGUCAUAACGUUCUAAGAGCUCACACGAAAAUAUAUAGGCUGUACCAACUCAAGUACAAAAACAGUCAAGGAGGUAGAAUUUCUUUAGCACUAAACGCAGAAUAUGGCAUACCAGAAACUGAUUCCGAAGAAGAUAUCGCAGCAGCUAAAAGAAAAAUGGAUUUUGAGUUAGGAUGGUUCCUAAACCCACUGGUCUACGGAGACUACCCUCGUACCAUGAUAGACUACAUUAGAAAUUACAGUGCCCUACAGGGAUACCCAGUUACACGUUUGCCGAUAUUCACGCUUACAGAGAGGGUUCAAAUAAAAGGCGCAUAUGAUUUUAUUGCCAUCAACCACUACACUAGUGCUAUAAUAAGCGACAAUAGUUCAUUGGUUUUGGAUGCUAGCUAUGAAAACGACGAUGGACUCGAUGCAAAAAAGGAUCCCUCAUGGGAAGGCUCGGCAGCAAGCUGGCUGGCGGUUUAUCCUGAAGGAUUUAGACAGCUUCUUGUAUAUAUAAAAGAAAACUAUAACGAUCCUGAGAUAGCCGUAACCGAACAAGGAUACGCAGAUGAACCAGAUACAAUUAAUGAUACAAGAAGAAUUAAUUAUUACCAGACGUAUCUAAGUGAAGCUUUGAAAGCAAUACACGAAGAUGGAGUGAAGCUGACCGCAUAUACUGCAUGGAGUUUAUUAGAUAAUUUCGAAUGGAACAGCGGUUACAGUGUUCGAUUUGGUCUUUACCAUGUGGAUUUCGAAGAUGAUAACAGAACAAGAACUCCUAAGGAGUCAGCAGAGUUUUAUAAGAAGGUCAUAGCGACUAGGUGCUUGGUCGACAGUUGUGAUUAAAGAGUUUUCGUUUGUGAUUAUGUGAGUUUGUAAAGCUUGUAAUAUAAAUAAAGAUGUAAAUAAAAAACUGAAAAGUA